AUGCACGACGUGGAUAAUUUCGAUCGCGUCUUCCCGCCGCCGCACCUCUACGUUAAGCGGUGCCCGGAGCUCUGGCUUCCUGGCGACGGGAAGAUCGUCGUACAGGCAGGGAACCUCGGCUUCCGUGUCGAGCGAGACAUUCUCGCACGGCACUCCGCCGUAUUCCAGUCGAUCAUGGCAAACGAGGACGAUGGAAGCUUGGCGGCGCGGAGCGCCUACUAUGGAUAUCGAGAAGGGUGCCACUACAUCGUGGUCCAGGACGCGCCGGAGGAUAUGAAGGAACUCCUCAGUGCGAUGUUCAUCCCAGAGUACUUCGAACGCUUCCCCCCUGCGGCGGACUUUGGGGUCAUCGAGACCGUACUGCGAAUGAGCCACCGGUAUCAGGUCGCGUAUCUUCGUCGACGCGCCCUCGGGCAUCUCGCACCCUUCUACCCGACACGCCUCGUCGACUUCCCUCCUCACGUUGAGCCCGCUGGACCGGCCUUCAUCAACAAUGGCGCGCUGCACACCGCCGUGGCCAUUGCAGCUGGAGAAGCCGGCGCCACCUGGAUCCUGCCGACAGCCCUAUACCUCGCCGCGACUGCUUGCUCGCGAGACGAACUGCUCGACGGCAUGGAGUGGCGCGGAAAGCUGCGCAUCUUACCGGAGCAGUGGCGCCGGCCCGCGUUGACACUCACGCACGACCUAGGCUGGCAGUACAAGGCAUACGCUUGUCUUGUUACGCUCGUCGUCCCGCCUGGUUGUGCGCAGGAGGACCCGUUGGCAUGCCCCGCGGCGCGUACGCGGCAUAUCGCCCAGCGCGCUUGGUGCGAUGACCCACUCGACGCUCAUGGCUUCGACUCGCGAUGGGAGGCCCUUCGCGGAGUGCUCUGCGAGUCGUGCUUCUGGCGGGCGCAUGCAGACUACGGCGACUACAAACGGAAGGUGUGGGACGCGCUGCCAGGUCUGUUUGGGAUCGAGUUGGGGUGGGGGAAGUUGAACCUGCUCAAGUCGCAGCAGCUGGCAAGAGGGGACAAUCUAUCUGCUAGUACGCGGGCGAGGGGACUGCAGGACGCGUCGGAGAUCGAAAUGUGGUGAGACCUCAGACGAGGCCCGAGGGACUAUCGCGACGCGCUGUCUACAGACAUACUUCCUAUUCUUGUAUCCAAAGUACCUAUCUCCGCCUAUCGAAUGUCAAGAUAGGAUACAGCGCUAA